AUGAAGAGUUCUCUGAAAAAGCUACGAGGUCUAGCACUUCACAAACAUGACUCCAACAACAACAACAACAACAAAACCAUUCUUCCUCUCGGCCAACGCGACGAACUCGCUCAAGCCACAAGAGAGAUGCAAGACAUGAGAGACUGCUAUGAUACCUUACUCUCCGCCGCUGCUGCAACCGCCAGCAGUGCUUACGAAUUCGCUGAGUCGUUGCGAGAUAUGGGCUCUUGUUUGCUCGAGAAAACCGCUUUCAAUGAUCAUGAAGAAGAAACCGGAAAGGUUCUACUUAUGCUUGGUAAAAUCCAGUUUAAGCUUCAGAAACUAAUUGAUAACUAUCGUUCACAUAUAAUACAGACAAUUACAGUUCCUUCUGAGUCUCUUUUGAAUGAACUUCGAAUUGUUGAGGAGAUGAAGCGACAAUGUGAUGAAAAAAGAGAUGUUUAUGAGUAUAUGGUAACAAAAUACAGAGAAAGAGGUAGGUCUAAAGGUGGCAAAGGAGAAACUUUUACAUUGCAGCAGUUGCAAAGUGCUCGCGAUGAAUAUGAUGAGGAGGCUACAUUGUUUGUUUUCCGAUUGAAAUCCCUGAAGCAAGGGCAAUCACGUAGUCUUCUAACACAGGCAGCACGCCACAAUGCUGCUCAGACAUGUUUCUUCAAGAAAGCAGCCAAGUCUCUUGAGACAGUAGAACCACAUGUGAAGUCUGUUACCGAACAGCAACACAUUGACUACCACUUCAGUGGUCUGGAAGAGGAGGACGGGGAUGAAGGCGAUGAUGAAGAAGACGACGAUAAUGGUUAUGAUGAGAAUGAUGAUGGGGAACUGAGUUUUGACUAUGGACAUAAUGAACAGGAGCAAGAUGUUUCUACAUCACAAAAUUCUAUGGAGCUGGACCAGGUGGAACUUACACUUCCCAGAGGUUCAUCAGCUGAAGCUGCUAAGGAAAACUUAGAGCUUCAAAAGAAUUUGUUUUCAUUUAGGGUUAGGACAGGGAGCCAAUCUGCCCCACUUUUUCCCGAUAAUAAACCGGAUCCCAGUGAAAAAUUGAGACAGAUGCGUCCAUCUUUAUCACGAAAAUUCAAUUCAUAUGUGCUACCCACUCCAAAGAGUUCAAAUAACCCAAAGCCUUCCAAAAUGCAGACAAAUUUAAAUGAACCUACAAAGAAUUUGUGGUAUUCAUCCCCGUUGGAACAAAAGAAACCUAAAAAAGAUAUCGGAGAAGAACAAUCUGGUCCUACUAUCAGAAAUGCACAAUCUGCACUAAGGGAAAGCAACAACAAUACUGCUUUCUCAAGACUGCCGCUUCCUUUGGUAGACAGUCCUGUAUCCUUAAAUCAUGAUAACUUUUCUGCUUACUCUAAAAAGAUUAAAAGACAUGCCUUUUCUGGCCCAUUGACAAGUAAUCCUUGGCCUACCAGACCUGUCUCAAUGGAAAGUGUUCAGUUCUCUGGACCUCUUUUAGCUACUCGAAUCCCGCAGCCUCCAUCAUCAUCCCCCAAAGUAUCUCCUAGUGCUUCUCCUACUAUUACGUCUUCACCUAAAAUAAGCGAGCUUCAUGAACUUCCAAGGCCUCCAAUCAAUUUUCCGGCCAACUCAAGGCUUUUAGGUUUGGUGGGACAUUCAGGUCCGUUGGUGUCUAGAGGUCAAAGGGUUUCUGCUUCAAAUAGUCUGUUCGUUACAAGUGUCGCAUCGCCACUGCCAACGCCACCUCAGGCCAUGGCUCGUAGUUUCUCCAUACCUUCUAGUAGUGCUCGAGUUGCAGAAUUACAUGGGUCAAGGGGACGAGAAUCCUCUCGCACAUCAUCUCUAUCUGAGGAUAUCGCUUCUCCUCCGCUGACACCAUAG